AUGGCGACGUGGAAGGAGCUUGGAGAGGUGCCCGACUCGGACGACGAAAGUGCUCUGGAUAGCCAGGAAUCUGAGCCUGCUCCUCCACCACAGAUCGAUAUAUGUGCGCCAGAUGGAAUCGACACAGAAAUCCCCGUACCUGGAGUCGAGGACGAAAACAGACAUGCAGAUAGACGUGACGGCUCGGAAAUUUGGGAUAUUCCAUUCUCGUCACAAGCUUCUGGAGAGAACCAGGUCGCGGCCCGCCCUCCGACACCAGAAGCUCUACCACCGACGUCCAUAUUGAAGACCGACACACCUGCUCCCGCCCCAUUGCGCCCUCUAUCUAUAUUCGAGGACCUGAACAACGACUUUGAAGAAGACUUAGAAGAUACCGUACAACCCGCUGAGCAAAAUGACAGUCGUUCGGCAAGAGUUGAAGUCGCUCUUCAACUCCUGCCAGAGGACGUGCGCAGAGAAUAUGUUGAAGCCACGUACGAGGUUGAGCACAAUGCAGCCAACGACGAAAAUGCAGACGACGACGACAACGAGACCUCCCUGCAAGAGGCCAUCCGACUCGGGCGUUCGCUGAGACCAAGGAAACCGAUCCAAGAACAUCCAUACUUGCUGGAGAGCGCCCAAUACAGCAAGACACUGAAGUCGCACGGGGUGCGUCCCCUGCGAAUGCGUAUAGAGGAAGCAUUAAGGAGGAAGAAGCAAGAAGAAGAAGACUCCCAGGAACAAGACUAUGAAGAGGACAGCCAAGUGACUGCUAAGGACACUGCCCAGGAUGAUACCGAAGAAAGCCAAGGCAUUAGGGACGCGGGACUACUGGACGAGGCCGACUUGUUGCCGCUUUCGUCAGAUGGAAGACCAUCUCCAUCUCCACCAGCCAGUCGACAAGCUGACAUGUUGAGGAGCUCGCAAGAUGACGAGGAGGAAUUUCCUGACCCAGCCGAUGUCGAAAAGUGGAAAGCGAACAAGAGACCAUAUCGCCGUGACAAGCGACGAGCAUCGCCCAAAGUUUCUUCAAAACGCAAGAUACCAAGAGUUCGUGAUCCUGUAGGACCUCUAAGGGAGACACCUCCUGCGCCGCUUGUCGACGACGUUUUCGACAUUCCGCCUUCACCUCCGCAGACAAGCCCCGCCCUCCUUGGGACGACUCCAAUGACUGCUUUCAAAUAUGCCAGACAUGGUCCAAUCACAUUACUCACCCCGAAGCCCAGCAGUACCAUAUCCUCACGAGGGCGCAGUCCUACGCCAGCAGACCAAACGCGCGAGACGAUCGAUCUCACCAUGGCGGGCGACGAAGACAAUACAAAUGAUGAGCCAGGCGGUAGCUCUGGCAGUGGCUCAGAAAGCGAGUCAGAACCAGUCCGAGCGGCUGUGAAAAGAAUGCGUGGUGUUUUGCCUGCAUCUUGGCUUCGGCUUGAUCAACAGCGUGCGCGGCCAAAACCAGGGUUAGACACGCGGCAGCGAAGUCCCGACCCUUCCCCAGAACGAAAUCACAGAAAGGGUGUGGCUCAACGUCGACAAGUAUCACCUAAGCCAGGCCACGACGCGGCCCUUUCUCUUGAUGACGAUGAUGACGAUGAUGCAAAUCCACAACAGGACGAUACCGGCAGCGUUCCUCGUUACAAACCAGUUUCUAUUUUCGAGGACGAUGCAGGCUCCGUUAUUGAGGAAGACGAAAUCGAUCGAAUGGUGUUCAGCAACAAAAGAGCUAGUACCAAUGCCAUUGGAUCCGAGCGGCCGAAGAAACGAAGAAAAGAUCAGCCGUCAACGUUCAAAGGUGUACAGAGUCGGCGGAAGCGACAGCAAAAGAUCACCGGAGUACUUGGUCGGUCAAAGAGCACAAAAGCCAAGUCGAAUGGCGAGGUGCGGCGUUCAACAGCCCACGCAAGUGCAAGAGGAAAUGCGAAAGAUUAUAGGAAUAGAAAAGUCGCAACUCCACCACCUCCACGGCUUAGCAUCCUGGACGUUGUCGAUGCUAAUGCACCCCCUUUCAUUCGCAUAGCUGCUCGCACAGCCAAUAAGAGGCGAGACCAAGGACGUUCGAGCCCAUCAAGGAAACAUAUCAUGCUCGGAACUCGGAAAGACAACAUAGAUGCAGUCGAGGUCCUUACAAGCUGGAAAAGGGGCAUCACGCAGCCAAAGAUCCUCCCAAAGAGAGCCACGACUCAAUCGCGAAUCAAUAUCCCUGAACCUCUCCGAGCUGUCUCCCACAAUACUGUUGUUCAGCCAUCCAAAGCUCAUUCGAAACCACGGAGCCGCGGUUUUGUCCCUUCAGCCCGCUUCUCCCAGCCUCGACGAAUGGUCCAACAAACUAGCCUUGACAAUUUUGUCAAUGUGGAGGCAGAAGGGCCUACCACAGCACCCAGCCUACACCAUGCUGCUCCCCGUAAUACGCACUCAAAAAAACAGAAUGCUAGUUUGAGGCCUGCACAGCUUGAAACGGCAGGAGAACCCGCCAGCCGGCACACAUUUAUCACACGAAAGAGGGCUCUCGACGCCGUAUAUCGAAAGUCACGCAAAGCUUUGCCUGCUCCGACGAAUGUGCGCUUGGAACGAUUUGUCGAUAGUCAUGUGCCUACUGCCGUCCAGGACCAUCCCAUCGAAACUUCGUCGCCAACGGAAGACACCGAUCUCAGCAGGAGGGUAGCCGCUCAGAGAAGGCCACGGGCUCGAAAGCAAGCCCAGCCUCGGCCCUUGGACGUUACUGCUCCUCAGUACGCGCAUGCCAACGACCCUCUUCCCCGUGCCUUCAGCCCUCUUGCGGAGAUAGUGAACGUCACAGAGGGCGGUGGAAAAUUGUUAGGUCUCGGUCCCUUCGGCACACACUAUACACAGCAUUUUGAAGUUUUCCCACUAGAUCCGGGCGUCUUUUUCCACGAAAGCACGUUCCUUGGAAGUGGCCGGCUGUUGAAAACACUCGACGAGAAGUCAAUUGAUGCUUCAAACCAUCCACGCGCUCGACAAACCUUCACUCUAGACGAGAAAACCCUACUCUGGGGUCAGUGGGAUGCCCAGACAUCUUCAGAGUUCGGUAUCAUAUUUGAUUGGAUAGCAGACAACUUGUAUGCAGAUUCCCUUUCUGAUAUGGUAUCCAAAUCUUCCGUGCGAGCGAUCGAGUUCAUCUUGGAAUACCUCCAAGACUCGAUAUCCUUUAUCGAGCCGGAAAGUCAAAGUCUCUUCACUGGUCGAGCACUGGAAGUUCUCCAAACCUUUGCACGACGCAUCGAAACAUUUCCAGACAAGUCUCAUGAUCGACGACGGCCCUUUAUAGAAGUUUCAACUCGGGCUUUAGUUGUCACUUUACACGUUUUGCGCAUUAGCCAGAAUGCCAAUCAACUACUGUCAGAGGCAUUUCAGCUUGAAGAAUUGCUGAAGCGCAUCUCCAAAGCAAUAGCCCAAAGAUUACUUUCAACAAACCUUGUAGAUAUUCGAGCUCUUUACGACGACCUGCAACAUAUGUCCUUCCGAGAAAGAGGCAUCCGCAAUGAACGGUACUCAGCGAUCUCCUGGGUCACGAUCAUCCGUGUCUUAGAGGAGGCCCGCAUUCCAAGGUCCGGUUUCUGGGACAUCGUUUCGCCCGUGUUAUUGAGCCAUGGCACAGAUUUGAUCACCGAUACGCACACAUUUGAGCGAGUCUGGCACAAUUUGUUUCUUCUUCUCCCUCUCGGUGAAUUUGACAACGGCGGGGUUGUGCUUCAGGGCAUCAGACACAGAAUUCCCUUGGAAGGCUGGUCGAUACCACAAAGACUCCUGAAGCGUGUCUUUCAAGUAUACCAGAGCAAUUCGCGACAGUCCCCAAGUUUCAAUGAUUACUGCCGUGCUCUGGUGAGCCGGUGUUACUUUCUCGUCGAACAGUGGGGAUGGCGUAAGGGCAAUACAGUCGUAGGAACGAUUUUCGACUUUUUUGCUGCCCAAGACCUCUCUCAUCUACGCAAUGAGGAGGUUUAUCAAUCUCCGCAGUUCCUCGAGCGUCUCGCAGAGUCACCUUCGCUGGCUAUCCUACCAGAGGAUCGAUGUUUUCAUAUCUUUCUUAAGCUUCUGGCGCUGACUAUCAAGCGACUCAGGAAGUUUGGUCUGGUCAAGGACGUCAGGAAUCUGGUGACCCGAGUGUUGCCGAAUCAUAAUCGACAGCAUGACAAAGAGAAGGAUACUCACGAAACCGAGAUGGCUGCACUACGAAAUCAUCAUGAUCUUUUGUGCACCCUGUUCUGGGCUGCACCGGUAGAGCUGCGACCCUCACCACAGAACAUCGAGAAACUCGUGGUGCCGGGUAGCUCCCACAAAGAAGCAUGCCUGAUCAGUUUGCGAGCCUGGAGUCAGCUCUCCCGGUUCGUCGUAUCAUCGAGCGAGGAUGUCUCAGCAUACAGACCAUUCGCCGAUUGGCAACGGAGCGUCUUUCAGCAGGUGUUAGGACAGUACAUGUCCGUCGAAUCCGAUGUACAGCAACAGCUUUUGAGGAUGUCUAAAGAUACCUCGAGAACUAUCAGCCAGGACUGGAAGAACGCUGUCAUCAAAACAAACAAGACGACUGCUAUGGACAUACUGCACUUCUCAAUGAAGGCCGUCCUAGACGUCAUGCGGUACACCAGGACACUUGGUGCUGCUUCGUUUGUCAUGAAUCAUUAUCAAUUGGAUCAGGCGUUCAGCAGACUCUCUUUUACGUCCGCCGAGUCCGACUGGGGCAUGUUGCGAGUCAGCCUAGACGUUCUAGGUUACUAUCUCACAAGGAUCAAAGAGUUUGGGCAUCAACCUGCAGUGAAUGCUGAUCACUCUUGGCAUGGAGAAGAUGCAAUCAUGCUCCUUGAGCGUAAACUAGCUGUUCCAUUCCUCGCCACGGUUCGAGGACUUGUGGGAGUGGGCUUCAAAGACUUCGCAUUAGGGCCUACGAGCGACCGUGCCCUGUGUGUUGAACAAGCUGUUUGCUUGGCCGGUCGAUUGGCAGUGUGCUUAAUCCAUGCUCGGCUUUCACGUGUAUCCCAAUUCUUCGCGUCGGGGAAGUAUCACGUGUUUCAGGAUCUGAGCAAGCCUGUGAGCUCACCUUCGAGGAAAUACACAGCCCUCUUCCUAGCUACGCUCAUGGAGGAGGGUCUCACCGAGUUCAAGGAUAUUGGCAUGACAUCUCUGGAUUUGUUCUUGUGCGAAAUAGUCAAGCCGUUCGAUUACUUGGCUUAUGAGAAUCGACUCGCCAUGGCAAUGAAGCGCCAAGGCGAUCCAUACUUGGAGGCCGCGGUUAUAGAGACUGGUAACAGCCCUGACUACAACUCAAACAGGGACCUGUUCAACUACACUCUCACUGCAAUGCGCAAGGCUUUGAGAUAUACCGACACAGCCCAGAAGCAACCGCUGCAAACGCAAUUUGCCAAAUCAUUGCGUUUCACAAUGGACCGAAUGAAGCUUGAUCUGAAGUCGAUGGCGCAGGACUCAUCUGCACACAUGAAUCAUAUCGCCUUCGUCCGAUCUAUCAUUUCUCUGAUAAGAUCGCAGGAUAUGUGCCCGGUCGACUCAUUCUUCUACCAAAUCAGUCGCGAGUACUCUCCGUCCACCCAGGAUCCUCGCCUUCAGACCGCUGGCAUCCUGGCAUGGGGAUUGAAGUUGGAAGAAGGCGACACCAAGGCAGCGUCUGGCCUGUUCUACCUGCUAUUUCCCAGCUUCAAGCUUGCGCUUGCGAACGGCAAGCUCACAAACGAGAAAGAAAUCCUUCAGCAAGGCAUGAAAAACACACACGUGUUCUCGUUUAUGCUGAGCAUAAUGUUUCCUGCCAUAAUCAAAGCUGCUGUCCAGGAGCCCAAAGGUUGGGUUCUCCUAGAAACCUACACAGAGGCUUUUCAGGCACAGCUGGCGGCGGCUUGUAUUCACAGGGAAAUCGGUCCGGGCAGCAUGGUCCAUGUGUUGAAUCUGAUGAAAAUCAUGUUGACAGGCGUUCAGCACCUACAGUCUCGUGAUGUGUUCGAGCUGCGACCUGAACACCUCGUCAUUCUCAGACUCAUGAUCAGCAUCCUCAAUCUGGUCUCCCCGUCCCUGGCAGCAUACCUGAUCAAUGAGGCAAGUUCUCCGACCGCGCCUGAAAUUAUAGAGGUGAUAGACGCCCUGACCGACUUCACGCGGGCGGGCGGUCGGUACCUAUCUGAGCUUCUUGAAGAGACUCCCAUGGAGCAGGCUAUCAUCGUGGACCCGAGCCAUCUUUUCGGGGCCAUCCGAGGACCCGGUGCGGUAUCGUCACCGGAGCACAGCGAGCACAUCAACAGGUUCGCCAGCCAUAUGGUACAAGACAUCAAUAACAACUGGACCUCGGACGAUUCCGUCAUCACAGUGAGGGGUCCAUCACGACCGCAACAAGGGCCUUCAGCCACGCAGUCAGGGCAGGGGACUCGACUACCCGGGUGGAAAGCGGGAGACUUGGUUCGGGGCUUGAAUGAACAGCUUCGGGAGUGGAAUUAUCAUAACGAUACGACGAAGACGGCGGCUACGGCAUCAGGUGCUGUGCCGCUUGAUGACUUUCUGUUUUGA